CUCAAAUGAUCAAAAACAGAUGUAAAAUGUUAGGUUAAUUUAAUAUAAUUUAUUUAAAUUUAAUAUUACAACCACAGCUGAGCCAGAAAGUUUAAUUUUAAAUAAAAUAUCAAAAAUAUGGCGGCCAUAAAAAGUAAUUGGAAGCCUGUUGAAAUAGAUAGUUGUGUACUUACAGGAGGCGUAGACGGAUUGAUUGGAAUAGAAGUAUGCACAGAUUAUGAUGCAAAUAACUUUCAAUUUAUAAAGAAAAGUAAACAUAAAUUAUCGAAGAACGAUAAAAGUCCUAUCAAGAAGAAAAAGAAGAGAGUUAAAGAAACACCUGAGGAAAAUUUUAAUACACAAGAGGGGAAACAAGACAUAUUCUCUCCAUCUAAAUUUGGAAAUACAUCUCGGAUGAUCGAAGAAAAUUCGGCAUCACAAUCUGAUCAGACAGAUUUAAAUUUGGAAGCAUGGAAUAGUUUCAAUUUGCCACAGUCACUAUUGGAUGCUUUAAAGGAUAUGAACUUUACGCAACCAACUCAAAUACAAGCUUUAACUUUACCUGCUGCACUUUUAGGAAGAAGAGAUAUAUUAGGAGCUGCUGAAACUGGUAGUGGUAAGACUUUGGCUUUUGGGUUACCAAUCCUUUCCGGCAUAUUAAAAGUGAAAGAACAGGCCGAAACAUUCGACCAAACAGAACAAGACAGUUCUGAUUCAGAAGAAUCAGAGUUUGAAAUAGAUGGAAAUGAAAUAGAUGAAAAAGGAAUGGGGUGUAUUAAAUCGGUUAAUAUUAAUGUCAAAGAACAGUCAGUGAAGCCAUUAUAUGCUUUGAUUUUAACUCCUACUAGAGAACUAGCAAUGCAAAUAAAGAAUCACUUGACUGUAGUAGCAAAAUAUACAGGCAUAAAUAUAACUGUAGUUGUCGGAGGAAUGGCUGCCGUUAAACAAGAACGUAUCUUAUCUAAAGGCCCAGAGAUCGUAGUGGCAACACCCGGACGGUUGUGGGAAUUAGUACAGCAGGGAAAUCCUCACCUGUCACAAAUAGAUAAUAUAAGGUUUUUGGCCAUCGAUGAGACAGACAGAAUGUUGGAAAGAGGACAUUUCCAAGAAUUGCACGAUUUACUAGAACGCAUAAAUUUUGACGAGAUAAAAAAGAAGCAACGGCAAAACUUUGUGUUUUCCGCUACUUUAACGUUAGUGCAUGAACUACCAAGACAUUUGAAAAAUAAAAGUAAACUUACUAAGUCGAAAAAAAUCCAUGAUAUGACUCCAGAGCAGAAACUGAAGAAAAUAGUUGAAAUGUUGGGCAUUACGGAACCAAAAGUUGUAGAUAUAACCCAAGGAACAGGAACAUCGGGAACUCUCACCGAAUGUAAAAUAACGUGUGGGAUAGAAGAAAAGGAUUAUUAUGUCUACUACUUUCUAAAGAGACAUCCCGGAAGAACCUUAAUAUUUUGUAAUUCGAUUGGUUGUGUAAAAAGACUAUCCACGUUAUUAACUUUAUUAGAGUGUCACCCUUUGCCUCUCCAUGCCUCUAUGCAACAAAGGCAAAGACUCAAAAAUCUCGAAAGGUUUAGAGACACUGAAGACUCGAUACUUGUGGCUACGGAUGUAGCAGCACGAGGAUUAGACAUUCCUUUCGUUGAAAAUGUUUUGCAUUAUCAGACACCAAGAACAAGCGAAAGUUAUGUUCACCGAUCGGGAAGGACAGCUAGAGCGUCUCGACAAGGGAUCACAAUUCUACUGAUUGAACCGAACGAAGUACAGAGUUACUUACGGCUAUGCAAAACUUUACAAAAAGAUGAGGAUUUGCCAACGUUUCCGAUACAAGAUCAAUAUCUAAAGGCAGUUAAAGAUAGAGUUAAUUUAGCUAGGGAAUUGGAUAAAUUGCAGUUGCAAGUCAGAAAGGCUAAUUCUGAAGCUGGAUGGUUCCAGAAAGCUGCAGAGGAAAUGGAUAUCAUUGUUGAUGAUUCUGCGAGAAAAUAUGAUACCAAAGAAGCUGAGCAGGGCAAAAAGUUAGCUGAUUUGAAAAGGAAACAAUUAAUAUCUCUUUUAGCGACACCGAUAUUUCCAAAGGGAUUCAGCGGGAAGUAUCCAUUAUUGUCAGAAGAGUUACCGAACAUAUUUACCCGCAAUGAAUUUAGAGAAGAAAAGGCCAUAGAUGCCAUGAAAAAUGCCAUAGAGAUAAACGCGAAGGAGAAAAAGAGAACUGUGCCUUUGUACAAACAAAAAAAGGGAGCCGCUGUUAAAAGAAGUAAUGCUGUAACUAUAAAGUUGUCCAAAAAUGUGAAAGGUAAAGAUGAGUUGAAGAAGUCGAGGUUUAGAAAAAAAGGCAGGAGGAAGUCUCAUUAAAUAUUUAGCUCAGUUUAAUACUAAAACAUAUUUCUUAUUGAAUAACAAAUUGUUUUGUAUUUCUAAAUGCAAAUUUUGUGUUAAUUUUUUUUUUCAA